AUGCCGCUGAAUCUCAACUACGAACUCGUGGUCCGACAACAACCCAUUGCAGCGCGUGCGUGCGGUUUUGGCGAAAGGGACCGCCGGGUAAUAGACCCUCCACCAAUCAUUCAGCUCAAAGUGACCAACGCCAAAAACGAACCCGAGGAGGAAGAGCUGCGCUACUCUCUGAAUGUGGUGCAUUGCACGUUAUGGAAUGCCGAAGGGACGAGCGAAGAGACAGCACUCAUCCAACCCGAUCGAAGAACAACACGACGACUGAUGGGCCAGCUCGUAGCGUCGCCGUCGGUGGCCAAGGACGAACACGACCACGAGGGCUGUUUCUUCUGCUUCCCGGAUCUGUCCUGCCGCACUCAUGGCCGAUACCGCCUCCGCUUUGUGUUGAUGCGCAUCGACCCGAUGAACCUUCAUGUUGGCGGCUUUUCCCCCAUCUUGACUGAAGUGCUUAGCGACGUUUUCACCGUCUACACAGCAAAGGACUUUCCUGGUAUGCGACCCAGCAGCGCCCUCACCCGCGCAUUGAAGCUGCAAGGAUGUAAUAUCCAAGUGAAGAAAGGCAAUGAAAAAGCAUUGGCGCGAAAGCGUCUCACACAGGGUCAAGAACACGAACAUGACGACGACGACGAACUCGGAAAACGACGGCGCAAGGAGUAA